GUCUGUCUGGCUUUAUUAACAGGCUCAGAAUAAAGGGGAAAGGUCUGUUUGUCCUCGUCACAGGCAAACAAGGGGGUCAUCUGCACGCGUUUUAUCCGAGUCACGUGGCGAUGGGUGGUUCUUCACAGUGUGCCGUUCCAGACACACAAAUAGACGAAGGGGUUUCUUAAUCACCGCUGUUUUCUAGGAACACAGGGCUCAGGUAAAGUUCAACUUCACCUUCCUCGGUGUUUCAUCAGGGGAACCCUUCUGGAAGCAAAGAUGUGUACUUCUUACUGCUGGCCAAAUAGCUUCUUAACAAGGAUGAAAGAGAGGAAGACGCUGGGAGAGGAGGCGCCGUGGCUCGCGCCAGUUAGUAACGCAUCACAGCUCGCGGUCGUCGUACUACAAGUCCCAGGGAGCAACGCUCGCUUUCUCGCCUACUGCGGGCGGGAACGAGGCGCCUCGGGGCCUGACGGGAACCACCGUGGUUUGGCUGAAUGACGGAAAAGUCAUUUGAGCGGGUCUUCAUUUUUCGGAAGAGUAUCUCAAAAGCUCUUCAAACAAGGCACGGACACAGAAUCUAGAAAAUGAUAAAGAAUAAAUGAUAACGUUAUUUCCACGGGGGCCAGACCGGGAUCCACCCGAGCAAGAUGAUGGUGGUGCUACCCCAGUACAGGAUGAACGAGAUUCAGGGUCAGACGGUGAGGAUGAUGUAAAUGAGCAACACUCCGGAUCAGACACUGGAAGUGUAGAACGUCAUUCAGAGAAUGAACCUAGUGAUCGAGAAGAUGGCCUCACCAAAGGACAUCAUGUGAUAGACUCUGAGAAUGAUGAGCCCAUAAAUCUUAAUGCUAGUGACUCUGAAAGUGAGGACCUUCAUAGGCAAAAGGACAGCGACUCUGAAUCUGAGGAACGUGCAGAGCCUCCCGCAAGCGAUUCUGAAAAUGAGGAUGUCAAUCAGCACGGGAGCGACUCUGAGAGUGAAGAGACCAGGAAAUUGCCUGGGAGUGACUCUGAAAAUGAGGAGCUUCUUAAUGGGCAUGCAAGUGACUCAGAAAAUGAAGAUGUUGGGAAGCACCCCGCCAGUGAUUCUGAGAUUGAGGAGCUCCAGAAGAGUCCUGCUAGUGACUCUGAAACAGAAGAUGCUCUAAAACCUCAAAUCAGUGACUCUGAGAGUGAGGAACCCCCAAGGCACCAAGCCAGUGACUCCGAAAAUGAGGAGCCUCCCAAACCUCGAAUGAGUGAUUCUGAAAGUGAGGAGCUUCCUAAACCUCAGGUCAGUGAUUCGGAAAGUGAGGAACCCCCCAGGCACCAGGCCAGUGACUCUGAAAACGAGGAGCUUCCCAAACCUCGUAUCAGUGACUCCGAAAGUGAGGACCCUCCGAGGCACCAGGCCACUGACUCAGAAAAUGAAGAGCUUCCCAAACCCCGAAUCAGUGAUUCGGAAAGUGAGGAUCCCCCAAGGAACCAGGCCAGUGAUUCUGAAAACGAGGAGCUACCCAAACCCCGAGUCAGUGACUCUGAGAGCGAGGGGCCUCGGAAGGGACCUGCCAGUGACUCAGAAACUGAGGAUGCGUCCAGACACAAACAGAAGCCAGAGUCAGAUGAUGACAGCGACAGGGAGAAUAAGGGAGAGGAUACAGAAAUGCAGAAUGACUCCUUCCACUCAGACAGCCAUAUGGACAGAAAAAAGUUUCACAGUUCUGAUAGUGAGGAGGAAGAACCCAAAAAGCAAAAACUGGACAGUGAUGAAGAUGAGAAAGAGGGCGAGGAGGAGAAAGUAGCGAAGAGAAAGGCGGCGGUGCUUUCCGAUAGUGAGGAUGGAGAGAAAGCAUCAAAGAAGAGCCGUGUUGUCUCUGAUGCAGAUGACUCUGACAGUGAUGCUGUAUCAGACAAGUCAGGCAAAAGAGAGAAGACCAUAGCAUCUGACAGUGAGGAAGAAGCUGGGAAAGAAUUGUCUGAUAAGAAAAAUGAAGAGAAGGAUCUGUUUGGGAGUGACAGUGAGUCAGGCAAUGAAGAAGAAAAUCUUAUUGCAGACAUAUUUGGAGAAUCUGGUGAUGAAGAGGAAGAAGAAUUUACAGGUUUUAACCAAGAAGAUCUGGAAGAAGAAAAAAGUGAAACACAGGUAAAAGAAGCAGAAGAUUCAGAUUCUGAUGAUAACAUAAAGAGAGGAAAACAUAUGGACUUUCUGUCGGAUUUUGAGAUGAUGUUGCAGCGAAAAAAGAGCAUGAGUGGCAAGCGCAGACGGAACCGUGAUGGUGGCACCUUUAUUAGUGACGCAGACGACGUCGUGAGCGCCAUGAUCGUCAAGAUGAACGAAGCUGCUGAGGAAGACAGACAGUUGAACAAUCAAAAAAAGCCGGCACUGAAAAAAUUAACUUUACUGCCUACUGUAGUUAUGCACCUUAAGAAGCAGGACCUUAAAGAAACAUUCAUUGACAGCGGUGUGAUGUCUGCCAUCAAAGAAUGGCUCUCACCCCUACCAGACAGGAGCUUGCCUGCACUCAAGAUCCGGGAGGAGCUGCUGAAGAUCCUGCAAGAGCUGCCUAGUGUGAGCCAGGAGACCCUGAAGCAUAGUGGGAUUGGACGAGCAGUGAUGUAUCUCUAUAAACACCCCAAGGAAUCAAGGUCCAACAAGGACAUGGCAGGGAAAUUAAUCAAUGAGUGGUCUAGGCCUAUAUUUGGUCUUACCUCCAACUACAAAGGAAUGACAAGAGAAGAAAGGGAGCAGAGAGAUCUAGAACAGAUGCCUCAACGACGAAGAAUGAACAGCACUGGUGGUCAGACACCCAGAAGAGACCUGGAAAAGGUGCUGACAGGAGAGGAGAAGGCUCUUAGACCUGGAGAUCCUGGAUUCUGUGCCCGGGCAAGGGUCCCAAUGCCCUCAAACAAGGACUAUGUGGUCAGGCCCAAAUGGAAUGUGGAAAUGGAGUCAUCCAGGGUUUUGCUGUUACUGCUCAAUGUAAUCACACCUCGAAGAAGGAAUGAAAAACCGUGGGAUGUUGAUAAAGCUCAUAUCCUGUGGAAGAACUGCAGCGGGUCCCAGCUGAGUGGGAGAUGGGAUUCAGCAGUACUGGCCUGAUGUGCUGGAGUGGCCCAGGCAGAGGCCCACUUGCAGAGACUAUGGGAGCCUCAAGAGAAAAUCUACCAUAAGAGAAGGACCAGUCUGACAGCAAGCCCAGCUUCCCAAGAAGAUAGAAGGCUGGAGACAAGCUGCUGUCCAGUGAACACUGAGCUCUGCUAAGUGAUGGAUGCUACUGAAUAGCAGAGAACCGAAGAUGAACAAGAUAGCCUCUGCCCUUAAGAAGGUCACAGUGUGAGGAGGGAGGCAGAAUGGUGCCUAACUAUAAAUGCAGUGUGGUAGAUUUCACUGGGGACACAGCUGGAGGAGAUCGGGGAAAGCUUCGUGGAGGAGGUGCUGUCGAGUUGACUCAUGAAGGGGUUGAAGAAGCAGGCUCAGAAAGGACUGAGGUUUGGAGCUCCCACUGGUGGAGCUAAGAUUCAGACCUGGUUCUUCCUCGUUUCACAUCUCAUGCUUUAACCAUGUGCUGGGCAGACAACAAAGGAAAUCAGAGCAGAAGAAAUAAUCCAUCUCAAAAAUGGAAACUUCAUGGUGUGUAUUUAGGGAACCGCAGGAAUUCCAGGGAAGAGAUGAGGCGGGAGUCCACCUCACUCAGAAGUUGUUUUCGCAACGCUGUCUGGAGUCACAGCCUCAGUGAUCUUCCUUAUUGAUGAAAUACCACUGGAAACUUGAGUGCAGACCCAUUUUGGCCCAGCCUUCUUCUGAGUGCACAGUGCCCACCAGGAACAAAGUGUCCAGGCGACACCCAGCCAGGAGCCUCCACUUCGCAAUGGAAGCCAGCACAAAGCUUGCCGUCAGUGGGGUUCCUGGAGGAACCAGGAAACAGGGCAGAGGUAAGAGAAAGAGCCCCAGCGACUCACUGUCCUCAUCCUCCCCUUCUAUGUCAGUAUGGUCCCCGCUUCUGGUUUGGGAAGGGUGGGGAAGAACACGUUUGCCCCAAACCACACCCCAUCUCGGGCCAAGCAGGGCCGUGGCAGUAUUGCAGUGGGGAAGGAAUGAACACUCUUCAGGGUGGUCUCUUUAUCUGCUCAUGCAGGGGUCCAUCCCGAUCACUUAGAGUGGAGAACAGGAGCAAGAAUAGAAGUGGCAAGAGAGGGUGCUUUGAGGUCAUGUGACCCUGAGUCUUAUCUCCUUUCUGCGCCUAUGGGCUAUCUGGUCUAGGGCAAAAGUCACUUCACCCCCACCCCGUGAGCUUCAGUUUCCUCCUCUC